AUGGACGGGGAGGAAACUCAUGGAGUGCAACAAAGGGAAGUGCAGAGCAGCGACCCCGUGCACCACUACGGUCCGGGGGAUGACCUGCUGGAGAGCAGCUCUGUGAAGAAGGCUCUGGAAGUCCUCAUGGACAGGUUGACCAUGAGGCAGCAAUGUGUCCUGGUGGCCAGGAAGGCCACCAGCCCAGCUGAGCAGGGUGAAAGCGAGACGGGGGUUUGUGUGACUGGGACCAGGGGCAGCCGUUGCUCCCGUGGCGCCUGGGGCUCCCUGAUGGCUUAUUUACUAAAAGAAUGUGUUGGGAGGCAGCUAAAAAUAGACCUUCUAAUGGGUGAUAUCACUGCAGUAUUUCAUAUUCCUCAGGCUCCCGAGGAGGCCCUGCUGCUCGCAGACACGUGCGCGGAGGGGCCGCGGGAGCAGCGCCCUCCACUCGGCGCUGAAAAUCCAGUCUGGGCGCAGGGCGGGACGAGCGGAAGAACAGUUCGAGUCUGGUUGAAGAGAGACAGUGGGCAGUACUGGCCCAGCAUAUACCACGCAAUGCCAUCUCCAUGUUCAUGCAUGUCUUUUAACCCGGAAACCAGAAGGCUGUCCAUAGGUCUAGACAAUGGUACAAUCUCAGAAUUCAUUUUGUCAGAAGAUUACAACAAGAUGACACUAGUGAAAAAUUACCAGGCUCAUCAAAGCCGGGUCAUGAUGGUCCUGUUUGUCCUGGAGAUGGAGUGGGUGCUGAGCACUGGCCAAGACAAGCACUUCACGUGGCACUGCUCGGAGAGCGGCCAGCGCCUCGGCGGCUACCGCACCAGCGCGGGCGCCUGCGGCCUGCAAUUUGACGUGGAAACUCGGCAUGUGUUUGUUGGCGAUCACUCCGGACAGGUGACCAUCCUCAAGCUAGAGCAAGAGUCCUGCAGCCUCGUUACAACAUUUAAGGGACACACAGGUGGUGUCACUGCUCUCUGUUGGGACCCGGUACAGCGAGUUUUAUUCUCGGGCAGUUCAGAUCAUUCCAUUAUAAUGUGGGAUAUUGGAGGAAGAAAAGGAACAGCCAUCGAGCUGCAAGGACAUAAUGAUAAAGUGCAGUCUCUCUCUUAUGCCCACCACACACGUCAGCUCAUCUCUUGCGGUGCAGACGGUGGCAUCGUUGUCUGGAACAUGGAUGUUGAGAGACAGGAGACACCUGAAUGGUUGGACAGCGACUCCUGUCAAAAAUGUGACCAGCCUUUCUUCUGGAACUUCAAACAGAUGUGGGACAGUAAGAAAAUAGGCCUCAGGCAGCAUCACUGCCGGAAGUGCGGGAAGGCCGUGUGUGGAAAAUGCAGCUCCAAGCGCUCCUCCAUCCCGCUCAUGGGAUUCGAGUUUGAGGUGCGGGUCUGCGAUAGCUGUCACGAGUCCAUAACAGAUGAAGAGCGGGCACCCACAGCAACUUUCCAUGACAGCAAGCACAACAUAGUGCACGUGCACUUUGAUGCCACCAGGGGAUGGCUCUUGACCUCGGGGACAGACAAGGUUAUUAAGUUGUGGGAUAUGACACCAGUAGUGUCUUGAUGAUGCAUCAGUGGAACUUGCAAGGCAAUAUUUACAGAAGAAACAGAUUCCUAACCCUAAUCAUACUGCAGAUGAUAGAUAACGCUGGGCGCCCGCGGCAGAUGAGGAAGGAACUAACGCGUUUACGACUUUAUGUAUGUCCUCUGCUUGACCAAGGCUGAACGUUUGCACGAAGACUCUUUCCACUUAUUCUCAAAAUAUACAAGAAGGUAUUUUUUUAAACUAAUGGUUUGUACGACCUGACCAUGCUUGGUUGUCUGGAGUUUGUUUGGAAAAUCUGUGUGCGGUGCAAUUUUUCGUUUUUAUAUUUCAGUAUGUCCAAAUACUUGCUGCUUUGUACAGAAGGGUCUGGGGUUGUGUCUUACCACGUACGGUCUCCGUAUCCGCAUACGGUAUAA